CACAAUCCCUAAUCUCAAUCACCAUGUCAACUUUGUUUUCCAUUUUCCCUCCAAUUUCGAUUCUAAGUCUCAUCCAUCCGAUUCAUAAUAACUCACGAUUCAGCAUUUGAAUAAUUUCAUUAUUAAAUUCUUUAAACCUGUGAGUUAUGGCUGCCAUUGAAGCAUUUUCUAAGAGCUUGAUUGAAGAGGUUCAUAAAUGGGGUUGUUUGAAACAAACUGGUGUGAGUCUGAGGUAUAUGAUGGAAUUUGGUUCUAAACCUACUGAUAAGAAUUUGCUUAUUUCUGCACAGUUCCUUCAAAAGGAACUUGCUAUUAGGAUUGCUAGGAGAGCUAUUGAGCUUGAAACUCUUCCCUAUGGGUUGUCACAAAAACCUGCUGUAUUGAAGGUUAGGGAUUGGUAUGUGGAUUCAUUCCGCGAUAUUCGAUCUUUCCCUGAAAUCAAGAAUAUAAAUGAUGAAAAAGAGUUCACUGAAGUUAUCAAGGCCAUCAAAGUGAGACACAACAAUGUGGUACCUACAAUGGCCUUAGGUGUUCAGCAGUUGAAAAAAGGCUUGAAACCAAAUAUGGUUAAUGAAGAUUUUGUUGAGAUUCAUCAGUUCCUUGAUCGCUUUUACUUGUCAAGAAUUGGAAUUCGCAUGCUUAUAGGGCAGCAUGUUGAGUUGCACAAUCCCAAUCCUCCACCCUAUGUUGUGGGUUAUAUACAUACAAAAAUGUCUCCUGUCGAGGUGGCGAGAAAUGCCAGUGAGGAUGCACGCUCUAUAUGUCUUCGUGAAUAUGGAAGUGCUCCUGAUAUCAAUAUUUAUGGUGAUCCUGACUUCACUUUUCCGUAUGUUCCAGCUCAUUUGCAUCUUAUGGUAUUUGAGUUGGUUAAGAACUCAUUGCGUGCCGUCCAAGAGCGUUAUAUGGAUUCCGACAAAGUUUCACCUCCCAUAAGAAUUAUAGUUGCUGAUGGACUAGAGGAUGUUACCAUAAAGAUAUCAGAUGAGGGAGGUGGAAUAGCAAGAAGUGGUCUGCCCAAAAUUUUUACAUAUCUGUACAGUACUGCCAGAAACCCAUUGGAUGAGCAUGAAGAUCUUGGAGUAGCUGAUAGUGUGACAACUAUGGCUGGAUAUGGAUAUGGCCUUCCUAUUAGUCGUUUAUACGCUCGGUAUUUCGGAGGUGAUCUUCAAAUAAUCUCUAUGGAAGGAUACGGAACUGAUGCAUAUCUCCAUUUGUCUCGUUUGGGAGAUUCACAAGAACCUUUACCCUGAAAUCAGGUUGUUUCAUUUUCAGUCACACUCAAGAGUUGUGUGCAGAAUUACUCGAAGUAAUAUUGUCCUAGGAAAAACAAGUAAAAAACGACUGUGCUGUCAAUUUUUUUCAUAUUCUGUUUAACUUGACAGUUUUCUUGUAAAUAUUUCGUACAUAAGAUUGUGUGUGGUCCUUUAUUUGCCUUCUGAUCCAGCUUUGGGAAUUUGUUAUUUUCAUUCUUUAGAAUGAAUAUACCCCUUUCUUUGAUGAUAAAGGAUAUUUCAUUCCA